AGAAUUGUUAAGAGAGAGAGCUCAUAUGAAAUUGGUUAUCGUGGGAUAUUUGAAAUAAAACAAAGAACAGUUUACUUUCAGGCAAAAAGAUGCCAGUAAUCAAUAUUGAGGACCUGACAGAAAAGGACAAAUUGAAGAUGGAAGUUGACCAGCUCAAGAAAGAAGUGACACUGGAAAGAAUGCUAGUUUCCAAAUGUUGUGAAGAAGUAAGAGAUUAUGUUGAAGAACGAUCUGGCGAGGAUCCACUGGUAAAGGGCAUCCCAGAGGACAAAAAUCCCUUCAAGGAGCUCAAAGGAGGCUGUGUGAUUUCAUAAUACAAACAAAAAGAAAAAAAAUUAAACAAAUUCUUGGAAAUAUCUCAAAUGUUAAUAGCAACAUGGAUUUUUCUCAUGCAUACUAUUACUACUAAGCAUGUACGUGAAUUUUUAAAUUUAUAGGUAAACUUUUAAUAAAAAUUGGGGUGUGGUAACCCAUCAUUCUAUGUUUUUCUUAACAUAGCUGGCACAGGGUUUAACACAUAAUUGCCAAUAAAUAUUGCUUAAAGUUCUUUAAAAAGAACUAUGUUUAAUAAAUGAUUCUAUAUUAUUCUGAGUUGUCAGCAUAUAUUUACUGUUUUAUGUUUUUUCACUUCCCUUUCAACACUUACAAUUUUCUACCCA